AUGAACAAAGAUGGCGAGACGGAAAAUCAAGCUUCAGAAUGGUUCAUGGACAGCAAUGUGACUCUCUUUGGGUCAGAGUUUCUUGCUCCGGCUACCCCCUCGAGAAUUCAAACAGUGGCUGCAGAUCUGAUUACCGGCGAGCCUCUUGAGCAAAGCUCCUCACCGGACCCCAGCUGUCCUCCUUCCCACGGUUCAGAGGGUAAAGGAAGCGAUCCCCAUUCGACUCUCAACGCGCAUGGCACAAAACCCUUGGCAGAGGACCAAUCAGAGCUAUCGGAAACAUUGCCUCCUCCGACCUCUUCACCGAAUCCCUCGAUAUCCUCAAAGUAUUAUGUCGUGGACGAACAAUAUGAAGAGGUCAUGCGGACAGCAAGAGGUCUCAUGCAAGUGUCACAGAACCAGAGUCAACAAAAUGGCGUCGAGUCCUUCAAAGACCACCUUCAUCUGCAAUAUGCGGGCAAAGAUGGCGAUCUGCUACUUGAAUAUCUUGUCCAGGAUAUCGCACGCCAGCUUGGCUGUGACUUAAUGGUUGUAGAUGCUCAGGAUAUUGCGGACCUAAUUCACCGGAAUCAUACAAACCAAAGCACGGCAAAGGCGGGCCGUAUGCUCAGCUACGAUGUGCUUUCAAGCGCGUUCCCAGACCUCUCCGAACAACAUUCAUCACACGAGAUUCAGGAUGUGGACGACGACGACGGAGACAUUGACGAUAUGAUAGACGAUCUGGAUUCCGCACCUGCUGCUCCUCGGAUAGGUAUGCCCAUGUUCAUCGGAAGGCCUACGGCAAUCUUGAAGACGAUAAUCGGACAACUCCCAGAAUUUGGGGAUGGUAUGCGAUCAGAAAUGCCUCGAGGGACGCUGAGAAUGUGGCCAGACUUUACCGACCCCCAAAAACCACGGGAUGAUCAAGGCGCGCUGUCGGGGCUCAUAUACAAAUUGUUAAAGGGCUUGUCGGAUCGGCGAACGGCUACGGGAUCGCUGGGGAAAGAGCCGAGUAAUGAUCUAGAACGACAACGGGAGAUUGCAGCAAAAAGGAGCGGCGUCCCAAAAGGCGCCGUGAUUGUCCACGUCAGAGACUUCAAGGCCAUCCAGGGUCUGGACAUGGGCCGCUCAUUUCUGAACAACCUUCACAGGCAACUGGCUCAACGACGAAGCAAGGGUGAAUGCAUUCUGCUGAUUGGGACAGACUCUGCUCGGGAGGAUCAGGAACCCUUCACUCGGGAACGCAUUAAUGAGUCCCAAACCGGCGUACAAGAUGGGAAGUCACAAAACAUUGUCCUUACACCUGUUUUACCAAACACUACAUCCAAGCUUGCACUCCUCCAUGAUCGGAAGCAACGCAUUGCCACGAUUAACAUGAGGCAUCUCUGGGAGACACUGAGAUUUUGGAAACCAUCUGUCUUUGCUCAUCUGGAACCGGGCUUCUGGCGAGGUGAUUUCUCCGACCGCAUUACUCGCAGCGACAGAUCAUGUUUGGAAGGGCAGGUCUGGAAUCACCAAUAUGUGCAACGGUUGGCCACUUAUAUCGCAGGAGCUGUUCCGGCGCAUCGAGACGCUGAGGCUGACAUUCCUAUGACCCUAGACCAGCCACAACCCAUCAUUAGCGCUGCAACUUCACAUCUAAACCACAGUGACAAGACCAAAAUUCGGUGGGCCGAAAAGCAAUCAAAAGAAGCAAAGAAAGAAGUUCCAGAACGGCAUAUGAAUAAGGAUGAUCGACUUGCCAGAAUACGCGCGUCGGCCUCCAAAUACGAGAAACGAUUGAUGGGCGGCAUAAUCGAGGCGAAAAAUCUAAACACAACCUUUAACGACGUGCAUAUGCCCGUCGAGACCAUUGAUACUCUCCAAACCUUGACGACAUUAUCGCUCAUUCGACCCGAGGCUUUCAAAUAUGGUGUCCUCGCCUCUGACAAGAUCCCAGGACUUCUGCUCUAUGGUCCUCCAGGCACAGGUAAAACUCUUGCUGCGAAAGCAGUCGCUAAAGAAUCUGGUGCGACGAUGCUUGAGGUCAGUGCGGCAGACAUCAACGAUAUGUAUGUCGGCGAAGGGGAGAAAAAUGUGAAGGCACUGUUUAGCUUAGCGAGGAAGCUAUCGCCUUGUGUUGUCUUUCUGGACGAGGCUGACGCUAUGUUCAGCGCGAGGAGCAAUCAAGGCCGGCGUGUCAGUCAUCGUGAGCUACUCAACCAAUUUCUGAAAGAGUGGGAUGGGAUGAGCAACGACUCGGGGAGCGCAUUCAUCAUGGUCGCAACCAAUCGACCCAUGGAUCUCGAUGACGCAGUUCUUCGCCGCUUGCCACGCCGCUUGCUGGUUGACCUCCCGAGGGAGCCUGAUAGAUUGGAGAUCCUCAAGAUACACCUACGUCACGAGAAACUUGGCGAGGAUGUCAACUUGCAGGAUCUCGCCAAAAAGACCCCGUUCUACUCGGGCUCCGACUUGAAGAACGUCGCCGUUGCUGCGGCAUUGAAUUGUGUCAGGGAAGAGAAUGAGCUGGCCAAACAGCACAAGGGGGAGGAACCUUAUCAGCAUCCCGAACGACGUACACUCACAAAGAAACACUUUGACAAGGCCUUGGAUGAGAUUUCAGCAAGCAUCUCGGAGGAUAUGUCGAGUUUGCGGGACAUCAAGAAGUUUGACGAACAAUUUGGGGAUAAGCGCGGAAAGAAGAAGGCUCCCAGGCUGGGGUUUGUUGAGAAGGAAAAUGAGAAGCCUAGAGAUACGGUCAAGGUGAGGGAUUGA